CAGUUUUUCAAUUAAGAAACGUUAUCAUUGAUUAAUCCCUGAAGUACAAUUUAUUAGUUUUCCUCAGUAUCAUUAAUGUUUUAUUGGCAAACUUGACAUUCAAUCGCUUUAAGUACAACAAACUAUUCAAGAAUUUGACAUUUUAAUACAAAGUUUUGUAAGCAGGGCUGAACUGACAUAACGAGGUGGUGUUAAUGUGCAUUAUGGGAUCGCUGCAUAGACAUUGUAGACCUUACAGUGAUUCCCACUAAGUGUCUGAUCCUUUGGAGCAUUAUCUCCACACCACAUUACAUUUGAGUCAUGGUCACACACUGUCCCUCUUAACCACGAACUGAGCCAUCUAGAGCAUUUCCGCACCAAGAAACAACCAUUAAAAAUCACUCUCACUGUUCGAGGCUCGGCGUCCCACCCUGUAAUUACCGCUCGGGUCUGCCUGUGACUCAGCAGAGAGCGCAUGCUGGGCAGAUAGAGAAAUGCAACAGGUUUAGUCUUGAAACACAUCCACAAAGGCUGGUUAGGUGGUUUAGUUAGCUAAAUGAAAGAAGGAUCUGAUCAGUUCAAAGAACUGGACAGUAAAAGGUCACCAGAAAUAUGCACUGAUGCUUUUGCAGCUGCAACCAAAUGCCUCCCUUGAUCACAAAGCGGCUUUUCAUGAAUCCUACCCCCCACAUGCCUCAGUGAUUACGAAAGAGAACAUAAGAUUGGCUAAUAUAAAUGUCCAUUUUCUUCCCAGACAUAAGAAGAGCCUGUUCUGGAGUCAACUCUUUAAAACUGUGAGGUGUAUCCUGAACAAACUGACGCUCCAGCACGUUCAGGUGGCCUCUCUGCUAAAUCUUUGACCACUUCUGAACCUCUUUAAAAUGGAGGACGGCUAUCAAAACCGGACUGCCUUUAUAAAAGGUGCCAAAGACAUUGCCAAAGAGGUCAAGCGGCAAGCCUCAAAGAAGGUAGGCCGUUCAGUGGAUCGGAUGAGCGAUGAGUACAGCAAGCGCUCCUACAGCCGAUUUGAAGAGGAUGAUGAUGAUGACUACCCCAUGCAGGGAAGCCAGGAUGGAGGCUACUACCGCGGAGACAGCCAGGCGGCCAACGACGACGAGGGCGGCCACAGUGACUCCACAGAGGGACACGAUGAGGAUGAUGAGAUCUACGAAGGCGAGUACCAAGGAAUCCCCAGAGCUGACUCAGGCAAGGGAAGCCUGGCUGGAGGUCCGGGCUCAGUGACGGCCGGUGCUCAGCAGUUCAGAGAUAUCGGGGUGUCCGAGGCGGAGAGGAGGAAGGACCAGGAAGAGCUGGCUCAACAGUACGAGACCAUUUUACAAGAAUGUGGCCACGGGAAAUUCCAGUGGACCCUGUACUUUGUGCUUGGGUUGGCGCUCAUGGCAGAUGGCGUGGAGAUCUUUGUGGUCGGGUUCGUCCUCCCCAGUGCUGAGAAGGAUAUGUGCCUGUCUGAACCUAACAAAAGCAUGCUAGGUCUGAUUGUAUAUUUUGGGAUGAUGGUCGGGGCGUUCCUCUGGGGAGCUCUGGCUGACCGGAUAGGCCGUCGGCAGUCUCUCCUUAUCUCUCUCUCCAUCAACAGUAUCUUCUCCUUCUUCUCCUCCUUCGUCCAGGGCUACAGCACAUUUCUGUUUUGCCGGCUCCUCUCAGGUGUUGGGAUUGGCGGCUCUAUUCCCAUCGUGUUUUCCUACUACUCUGAAUUUCUGUCCCAAGAGAAGCGCGGCGAGCACCUCAGUUGGCUCUGCAUGUUCUGGAUGAUUGGGGGAAUAUACGCAUCUGCGAUGGCCUGGGCUAUAAUCCCUCAUUAUGGAUGGAGUUUCCAGAUGGGCUCGGCGUAUCAGUUCCAUAGCUGGCGUGUGUUUGUGUUAGUGUGCGCAUUUCCUUCUGUUGCAGCCAUUGCUGCCCUCAGUGCCAUGCCAGAGAGCCCACGCUUCUACCUAGAGAAUGGCAAACACGAUGAAGGCUGGAUGAUUCUGAAGCAAGUUCAUGACACUAACAUGCGAGCAAAGGGAUACCCAGAGAAGGUGUUUUCAGUCACCACAAUCAAGACCGUGAAACAGAUGGAUGAGCUGGUGGACACUGGCACAGACACUCCCGUCUGGCAGCGCUACAGGCUGAAGAUUAUGAGCCUCUCCCAUCAGAUGCGGAAAAACAUUCUCGCCUGCUUCAGCCCAGAAUAUAAACGGACGACUUUCAUGCUCAUGGCUGUUUGGUUUACUAUGUCUUUCAGCUAUUAUGGAUUGACUGUGUGGUUCCCUGAUAUGAUCAAGUACAUCCAGAAGCAGGAAUAUGAAUCACGCACAAAGACCUUCACCAAGGAACGAGUGGAGCACAUCACUUUUAACUUCACCCUGGAAAACCAAGUGCAUCGCCAAGGACACUACUUCAAUGACAAAUUCCUCAACCUGAAGAUGAAGUCCAUGGUGUUUGAAGACUCUGUGUUUGAGGAGUGCUACUUCGAGGACAUCACCUCCACACACACCGUCUUCAGAAACUGCACCUUCAUUGCAAGUUUGUUUUAUAACACAGAUUUGUUCAAAUACAGGUUUGUCAACUGUAAACUGGUGAACAGCACGUUCCUCCACAACAAGGAGGGCUGCAUGCUGGACUUCAGUGAUGACUUCAACAAUGCCUACAUGAUAUACUUUGUUAACUUCCUUGGCACGCUGGCCGUGUUGCCUGGCAACAUCGUUUCAGCUCUAUUAAUGGACAAAAUUGGGCGUUUGAGGAUGCUGGCGGGAUCCAGUGUCAUCUCUUGUGUCAGCUGUUUCUUCCUGAUGUUCGGCAACAGUGAGUCAGGGAUGAUUGCCCUCUUGUGUCUGUUUGGUGGCAUCAGCAUCGCCUCGUGGAACGCCCUAGAUGUGAUAACAGUGGAGCUCUACCCCUCGGAUAAAAGGACCACAGCGUUCGGCUUCCUGAACGCUCUCUGUAAACUGGCGGCCGUACUGGGCAUCAGCAUCUUCCAGUCGUUUGUUGGCAUCACCAAGGCCCUACCCAUCUUAUUUGCCGCUGGCGCACUCGCUGCAGGUAGUUUCCUUGCAACGAAAUUGCCUGAAACACGAGGCCAAGUGUUGCAGUAAAGCAGAUGACCAGCAGUGGGCAGCAGAAUACAGCUGGAGUGUGUGUAUGACAACUAGAGCCCGAACAUCCCUGAGAGCUUCAGCGCUGCCCGUCACACACCGAGACAACAGACUGCCAUCCCCAUUGUAAGCCCAGAAUCCUUUGAAAUAUGGAUUGCAUCAUUCAAAGUCUUUACAGACCCACAGUGAUUAACAGAAGAGCACACAGACGUAGAAAUAAAUAACACAUCUGAAUGAUAACAGUUUAUCUGUGCUGUAAAAAAUGGAAAUGUGCAGUUAGGAUAACUUGUUAAAAUGCCCACAGAUCCACAGUACAGUGAAAAGACAAGAGUGGUCAAAUGAAGAGAUGAGACUGGAAAAAAAAAAGCCAUGUCUGAGGGAACGUGUGAAAAGAUUCAGUCAGUGUUUGUUGUCAGUUUCCAAAUAUGACUGCAGUGUUUUUUUUUCUCGUCUGACUGGCUUACAGUGCUGCUUUUUCAUUUGCUGUGACGUCACUGCGACAAUUCAGUGUCUUUUUGAAAAGAUCAUACAAUGAUUUUCAGGGUGAAUAUAUUUUUAGUAUAUAGGCUGAUAUAUUUAGCACCCAUGACUGUUGACCACUGCCUACUGAAGGCGAGAGCUGCUGGAGCACGAAAACAUUCCAGUAAGGCCGGCUGAAUUCAUACAGAGAGUUUAACUUUUCCUUUUUCCCUGCAUGAAGCCGGUCUGUUCCUCUACUUAUCACCUCAAAAACACAGACAGGAGGAGAUGCAUUUCACAGGAUUCUCCGUUGUAAAUGGGAAUAGUUUGAUCCAGUUCCUGAGUGUUCGGUGUUAAACGUCCAACUAAUGUUUCUCCCUCCCCUGUUGUUAACCCGUACAGCUGUGGCAGUGUGAUGGUGUCUGCAACGCAGGAACUUCUGUGGGACGGAUUUUGGUCAAGUGCUAAUGUGAGAGCAGAUAACAUUGUGUAAUAUUUGCCUAAAUUAGCUGUGUGAGUAUGUGAGUGUUUGUGUGAUUGCUUGUGUACGUGUGUGUGUCCUUAUGCGAGAAAAGAGAACGUGUCUGAUUUAUUUCUUUAAAUGCCGUUAUUUCAUGCAAAUCAGUGCAGCCAUGUAGACCAUAUUUUUCAGUCAUUGGGGAUUUUAUUGAUCCAACAGCAGAAUGUAUGAAGCAGCAGUCACAUUUUAAGACUAAUUAUUAUCACAUACAUUACUUUAGAUCAUGCAGUAGCUCAGGCGUGGUGAAAUAUAUUAUAUUUUAGCACCACCGCACCAAAUUAUUGCACAUACAGAAUAAUAUUCUGGUAUUUCUGGUUCAGCGCCAUACCAAAUGCAUAUCUACAAUAGCCUUAAAAUGAAAACAAGUCACAAAACAAGUUGAUUAUUUUGCCUUUUAUUGUUUUGUAAUUGCUUUUUCUGUUUGGGUUCUCUUCAGUACUUUCUUCAAGUUGUUUUAUGUCCCUUAAAAGUCCCGAUAUGACUUCAUUAUACUCAUAAGCACAAAUCAAACAGGACCAAAAGAAGAAGAGGCAGUGAAAAAAAAGAGACUCCUAUUGAUUAGGCAGUGUGGCACAAAGUGAAAACAAAGAUUACAAAUCACUUGUCUGAUUUAAUUUUAAGGGCUCCUGUUCAGUCAUUCCUUCACUGCAUCAUUUGUACCAGAAAAAAUGAAAAUUUACUGCUCAUUGUUCUCCAGUGUGAUGAUGCUUUAAUGUCUUCAAGGACAACAUCAGUAGUUUAAAACAGUUUUACAAAAAAAUACCUAUUGUGACUUUAAUCUAAAUUGGACACAAACACCCUAAAAGGAAUUGAUUAUUUAUACAUAUCACCACUUAGGUAUAAUUUCUCCAAAGGUGUACAUCAAUAUGUGUGCGGACAAUCAAUGAGUGAGUACAUGACCACUGCUACUGCUGCUACCCAGUGGUUUAAAUGCUGGUUGAGUGUGAUGUUUGACCUAAAGACGUCCUCUAGAUUGUGUGUGUGUGUGUGUGUGUGUGUGUGUGUGUGUGUGUGUGUGUGUGUUUAGGAUGUUUGAGGCUUUGUUCACACCAUCGAGGACUUCGGCGUUGUCAGUGGGUGAGCUUCUACCUUUGAGUUGAUGGAUAAUGUAACUCACAAACUUUAGAUGGAAAACGGAUACUAUCUCAGCUACAGGAGUUUGUCUGACCUCUUUAACUCUGUGUGUGUGUGUGUGUGUGUGUGUGUGAGAGAGAGAGAGAGAGAUUCUAAAAAAACAGUUCGACAAAUUGGGAAAUGCCCUGCUUAGUUUGAUACCACUCUCCUGUCUGUGUGUUAAGUAUAGAUCUAAAGCCUUGGGACAGUUAGCUUAGCUUAGCAUACUGGA